AUGUUCUCCAAGGCUACCAUCGCUAUCACCAGCCUUUUGGCUCUGGCCGAGGCCGUCAAAGUCACCCAGCCCGCCAAGGGUGACGACUGGGACCUCUCCAAGACCAACGAGAUCGAAUGGGAGACUGUCUCCAGCGACCCCAAGAGCUUCGAGAUCGUCAUCAUCAACCAGUCCAGCUACCCUGGAGUUUCCCAGACUAUCGCUAAGGUCAACGCUGCCGAUGGCAAGUACGAGCUGAAGGGCCUCAACGUCGCCCCUGGUGACGACUACCGCAUCAACCUCGUCUCCACCGACCCCCAGAACUCCGGCAUUCUCGCUCAGUCCGAGGAGUUCACCCUGACCGGAAGCGCUGACAGCUCUUCUGCCUCUGCUUCCGCUACCGCCUCAGCCAGCGCCUCCGGCUCUGCCUCUGCCUCUGCUUCUGCUUCUGCUUCUGCUUCUGCUUCUGCCACGGGUUCGUCUUCUGAAUCUACGGCCACUGGCUCCGUUACCAAGACCGCUUCCGGCCUGACCACUGUGACAGGCUCUGCCACCGCCACGGCCUCUGACGCCGCCAGCUCUGGGAGCGCUACCCGCACCGCCACCGGUACCGCCGCCUCCGGCACUUCCACCACCGCCCCCAACAGCGCUUCCGGCAUCAAGUCCACUUUCGCCAUCUUCGGCUCCGUUGCCGUUGCCGCCUACAUGCUCUUCUAA